CAUCAGAUCUACACUAGUAAAAAAUGGCAACUAAACCUGGAAUUCUCACCAACUGGCCAUGGAAGCCUCUUGGAAACUUCAAGUACGUGAUUUUGGCACCAUCGGUGCUUCAUAGCAUCCACUCAUUCGCAACCAAAGGAGAAAAUGAGAGAGACCUCUUCAACUUCAUGAUAUUCCCCUUUCUUCUCUCAAGAAUUCUUCACAACCAAAUUUGGAUUUCCCUUUCUCGUUAUAUCACAGCUAAAGGAAACAGAAGGAUUGUCGAUAAGGGAAUUGAAUUCGAACAAGUUGACAGAGAGAGCAACUGGGAUGACCAGAUACUGCUAAGUGGAAUUUUGUUCUAUGCAGCAAAUAGGACAAUACCGGGGGCAUCCAACCUUCCCAUAUGGAGAGCAGAUGGAGCCAUACUCACAAUUCUACUACAUAUGGGUCCUGUUGAGUUCCUCUACUAUUGGUUUCACAGGGCAUUGCACCACCAUUUUCUCUAUACUCGAUACCACUCCCACCACCAUGCUUCCAUUGUCACCCAGCCAAUUACUUCUGUUAUCCAUCCAUUCGCAGAAGAACUGGUGUACUUUGUGCUAUUUCUUAUACCCUUGAUGGCAGUUCCAUUAUUGGGAAUAAGUUCCAUCACAGUUGCUUUUGGCUACGUCACCUACAUAGAUUUCAUGAACAACAUGGGACACUGCAACUUUGAACUAAUCCCGCAGUGGUUUUUCUUUGUUUUCCCCCCUCUCAAGUAUUUCAUGUAUACACCCUCGUUUCACUCUCUGCAUCAUACUCAGUUUCGGACAAACUAUUCACUUUUCAUGCCCUUCUAUGAUUAUGUCUAUGGAACCAUGGACAAGUCCACAGAUGUUGUUUAUCAAACUUCACUCGAAAGACAAGAAGAGUCACCAGAUGUUGUGCACUUGACUCACUUAACCACAGCAGAUUCUAUAUACCAUCUGCAGCUUGGAUUUGCUUCCAUGGCGUCCAAGCCCUAUGCUUCGAGAUGGUACCUCAUGGUCAUGUGGCCAAUGACAUUCUGGUCUGUGAUAAUGACUUGGGUUUAUGGCCAUGCUUUUGUUUCAGAGAGAAACACUUUCAAGAAACUCAAGCUACAAUCUUGGUUUCUGCUUACAUAUUUUGGAAGAAACGAUAUCAGCGAACUAAUUGAAGAAGCAGUCUUAGAAGCAGAUAAGAAAGGAGCUAAGAAAGAAGAACUUAACAUGAACGGGGAGUUGUACAUCCAAUGGAUACCUCAGCUUAGAAUAAAGAUUGUUGAUGGGAGCAGCUUGGUGGCAGCUGCUGUAAUACACAGCAUUCCAAAGGAAACAGCACAAGUGAUCUUCAGAGGAAAGCUGUCCAAGGUUGCUCAUGCCGUAGUGUCAGCUUUAUGUCAAAAGGGUAUUCAGGUUAUUACAUUACAUGAGGAUGAACAUAUGAAGUUAAAGCAAAAUGAAAAGUUGGGAACUGAUGUGGUUGCCUCAGAAAGUUGCACUCAAAAGAUAUGGUUGGUGGGAGAUGGACUGACUGAGAAAGAGCAGUUGAAAGCAUCAAAAGGAACAAUUUUCAUCCCAUUUUCGCUUUUCCCACCAAGAAAAGUGCGCCCAGACUGCUAUUAUCACACGACACCAGCCAUGGUGGCUCCAAAAUCUCUUGAAAACCUUAACUCUUGUGAGAAUUGGCUGGGAAGAAGGGUGAUGAGUGCGGUGCGCGUGGCCGGAAUUGUUCAUGCUUUAGAAGGAUGGAAUGUUCAUGAGUGUGGCAACUGUGUCUUCAGCAUUGACAAAGUUUGGGAAGCUGCUCUUCGCCAUGGAUUUCGUCCUCUGGCAGUUCCCACCUAAUCAAAAGGCUUUAUUAUUAUAUUUAGAGAAAGCAUAUAUAUGUAUUUGCAACAAUCAUUCCCAAGUAUGGAAACAGUCCGAGAAACAGUAAUAUUUGCCUGGUUAAUUUAUUGUCUUUCUAUAACUGAAGCAGAAUAAAACAUGUUGGUAUUAGCCUACCUGGAUUUGCUUCUAUGCUUAUAUGUGUGUACAUUUGUAUGAGAGAUAAGUAUUUUUCAAUCUAAACUAUAUUUUCAGUAUAAUUUGUACUAAAAUUAUUACAAUACU